CUUAUUAUGCUUACUACAGCUUACCAGUUAGACUUCUCGCAGUGCUAGCCCGCUGUAACAACAACCCUUGCUUCCCUUUCCGCUGUGCGACCCUUCUUUUCCUGAACCGUUUGCCGGUAGCGCCUGUGGCUAGUAGCAGCAGUAUGAUGCAACAGACCAUUUCCUCCAGGGGUGCUGGGCGGUGCACCACUCGUCUAGCUGGGCGGAGGGUCUCAGCACCCUCGUUGGCAAUUCGCCGGGCACGCUCGCUCGUGGUUCGCGCACAGCAGGUCCCUGAGGCUGAGGACGAGGCAGAGCCCACAACCAGCUACUCGCACGCAGCGAGGCAGGCUUACGCUCGGCUCUCGGCCCCGCCCAAAGUGGGCGCCGAGUAUGGCGAGGGCUUCAUGCAGUUCCGGCUGGGUGGUGAGCCGCGGCGGCUGGACGUGGCGGCCCUGAACGAGUCGUUGAAGGCCGGCGGCGCGUUGCGGCUGCGCUUCCACAACCGGCCUGACGAGGCGUACGGCUGCGUGUUUGACUUUGACUCCAUCAUCGCCAACACUCACGGCGCCUACGUGAGCGCCUGGCGGAAGCUGGCGGAAGCUAGGGGGCUGCCGCUGCCCAGGCACGCCCGCCUGUCCAUGCACGCCACCGCGCCGGAGCGGAUCAUCAUGGACGUCCUGGGCUGGACCAGCAGCAUGAAGGAGGCGCGCGCGCUGGCCUUUGAGCUGGCGGAGACGUACGCACAGGAGCUGGCGGCGGGGCCGGCCAUGGCCACACCCCUGCCCGGCGUGCGCGAGUGGCUCGACGCUCUGACCGCCUUCAACGUGCCUGUGGCGGCCGUGAGUGUGCUGGACCGCGGCACGGUGCGGCGCGCGCUGGAGCGCAUGCACCUGCACGACCACUUCCAAGUGCUGGCCCACGCGCGUGUGGACCUUGACAACCCCGCCAACGACAUCCGCCGCCACGGCGCCGCCGCCGGCACCUACACGCCGCUGGAGCGCUCGCUGGCGCGGCUGGAGGCGCUGACGGGGCUGGCGCCGCGCUGCGUGGCGGCCAGUGCGGAGGUGGCGGAGCUGUACGCCGCACGUGACAACUACGACAAGGACUCGGCCCGACUGCAAGCGCUGCAGGGCUCGGGUGGGGGGCCCGCCGCCGCCGCCGCAGAGGCCGCAGGCAAGAAGAGGGGGCGCAAGGAGGCGGCGGCGGCAGGCGGCGGAGGCGGCGGUGCGGCGGCAACAGCGGGAGCAGCAGCUGGAGCGACAGGGGAGACGGGCGCGGCCGCGGGCGUGGCGGCAGGGGCGGCAGGCGCAGCAGCGGCAGGGGCGGCGGCGGGAGGUGGCGGUGGCGGCGGCGGCGGGCGCGGCGGCGGGCGGGAGGUGGUGUGGGCUCGCGGCACCGGCUAUGGCAGCGGCCACAACCGCACAGGCGAGCUGUGGGACGCCAAGGCCACCGAGGCGGCACAGCGCGCACGUGACGAGGAGAUCCGGCUGUUGCUGGAUGUGAUGCGGGAUGACCUGGUGGCGGAGCUGGGGCCGCGACCCACCGCCGAGGAGGCGGAGGAGGCGGAGGCGGCAGAGGAGAACGCCUGCCGCCCGACCCGCGUAUCCGACCUGCUUAUCCGACCUGCUUGUCCGACCUCCUUGUCCGGCCUCUGCUCUGCUCCCACGCCUCCCUCCACAGACCUGCGCACGCAGCGCUCCGACGACAAGCCCGCGAACCGGCGCCGUGUGGCCAGUGCCCUGCUGUGAGGGGCGCCGUGUGGCCAGUGCCCUGCUGUGAGGGGCGCCGUGUGGCCAGUGCCCUGCUGUGAGGGGCGCCGUGUGGCCAGUGCCCUGCUGUGAGGGGCGCCGUGUGGCCAGUGCCCUGCUGUGAGGGGCGCCGUGUGGCCAGUGCCCUGCUGUGAGGGGCGCCGUGUGGCCAGUGCCCUGCUGUGAGGGGCGCCGUGUGGCCAGUGCCCUGCUGUGAGGGGCGCCGUGUGGCCAGUGCCCUGCUGUGAGGGGCGCCGUGUGGCCAGUGCCCUGCUGUGAGGGGGCGCCGUGUGGCCAGUGCCUGUGAGGGGCGGGACGGCUGGAGGGGGCGCCAGCAGCUGACGCACCGGCGGGCGCAGUGGAGGCGGUGGUGGCCGUGGAGGCGUGGGCACGCAUGGCGCCGACGCCUGCAGCCAGCAGCGCAGGAGCCGAGCCGUGCCGCGUGGGAGCCGCCCGUGCAGCAGGCUCUGCAGUCAGCGGAAGCUGCUAGGGGCGCAGCUGGCGGUGACUUCGGUGGGGGCCGGCAUGGGAGCCGAGCCGCGGCCUGGAGGGGGGGCAGCUGGCUUCGACAGCGCCCGGCCGGGCUGGCGCCACUGGCGCGAGCAGCUGCGGACGUGAUCUUGCGCAGCGCGGCUGUCCAGGCAGCGUGUGCACCGCACGCUAGCUCGCAGUGCGUCACAGAAGAACAGGAUACAAAUAACAAGAAGACAAGGUUUGGUGAUACGGCGGUGAAUGAAGACCUGGCCGGCCGUCAUUCGGCGAUGAAAAGAGCGUUGCACGUGUCGAGCGGAGUGGAGCGGAGCGGGAUUGCUCAGAAGCUGAGUUGUGGAGUGCGGCGCUGCGCGCCGCGAUGGGCGGGUUUCCGUCGGAGCGCGAAAACCACCGAGCGUGAGUGACAGAAAGACAAAGCUUUGGGAGAACAUGGCGGUCGCAUAGGCUGCGAGUGUUUAUUUGCUUACAAAGCAACAAGGCGCGAUUCUACUGGUUUAGUAUGCAGGCCGCCCACGCAAGGGAGGCCAAGAUGCGGCGCUUGAGCGUGAGAGGCAUGUGCAAUUCGAGCGCGGUCGUUGUGUGUAGGUGCGGGCGUGGUUGCGAGGUGUGGUUGCCUGAGUGAGUGGGGGACCCAUUCGAGCCAGCACAGCGCAGAUUGAGUGCCGCCGCGUCGUCGCACACUUUGCAUGCGAGGCGGUUAAAAACGAGUUUGCAGGACAGGCUGAAGAGAUGCAGUUGGGUUGUCUGCGGCAAGGCUGAUAAAGGAUGCAUAUCCCUUUUGUUACAUUUGCGCUCGCACAGUAUCCAGGUACUUGGGCGCGGUAGGACCAGACGUCAGCACGUGGGGUGAGACUCGCGAGAGGCACGAGGUGUGUGUGGCGAGAGGCUGAGCGGUGAUUGGGGAGAGGCGGCGCUGCGCGUGGCGGCCUGCGAGGUGCGCGAGCUGAUGCUUGAACCGUGUGUGGUGUGCGGCGUUGAGCGCAAAUGGGUGGUGUGUCUGCGUGUGUGUUUGUGCAUCUGUGUGAGAGCGUUGGCGUGUGGUUGAGUUUUGAUAAGGCGAGAGUGUUCUCGCAUUUUUGAGCGAUGGCCGGCUGGCCGCGUGUUGCGGUGGCGCUGGCAGUGGGCGGCACUGGGUGUGUGAAGGUACGACCUGUGUGUACUCGCAGAUUGUCGACACCUUCACGACACGCACUGUUGCUCUGAGCUAGCAAACGCGCACGCGCACUGGCGGCUCAUCCAUUUGUACCACUACACCUUUUUGAUACAACAACCUUUUUUGAGGCUUCGGCAGGACCGUAGGACGGGCGCUGGCGAAUGGGCGGUGUUAUGCGAUGUGGAUAUGUGGUGGUGGUUGAGGCCUCGGAGCUUGCGCGUGCGUAUCACCGCGACAACGCACGGCGACAAGAAGGGUUGACGGAACCGCUGCAGGAGGCGGAAGGCGGCGGAAACCAUUAGGCUCAUAUCCCAACUUGAGCGGCUGCAGCAAUGCCUUGGCUAGCUCGGCUUGUACCAUUAAGGUGUCGUAGUAGGCAAGUGGUUUAGGGCUCAUAAGUUCACGUGCGCCUCGGGCACGAUAAGACAGAAGUGAGAGUGAUACGCACCCCGGCAUGGGUGAACGCGUGCUUGUGGGUACGGCACAUACCUGCAUACCAACAGAUGCCGUACGGUGUUACCCGGUAACAGGUGUAAUACCAUAUCUAC